UCAGCGCGCGCGUGAGUUGUGCGAUCAGAUUCACACCGAGUUCGUUGCAAACUCACCUAUCCCGAACUUCAUUUUAGCCAUGUCAACUGCUCCAAAGUCCAAACGAAUGAUUGCGAGGCCUCGACAGAGAAGCAUAAACUUAACAAUCCUACUCGUAGUACAGCAUGAAUAUCGAUAGUGAUAGUACUAGUACCAUUUUAGCUCCAAGGUCCAAGCUAAUUAGCCAAGUCGUACGUACGUAUAUGCAUAUGAGCCCUAUAAAUACCAUAUCACGAGAGCAAGACUAGACAGAUAGACCGACACAGGAAAUUAAGAUCGAUCGAGAGUUGGAGACGAUGAAGAGGCUGAGUUUCGGGCAGGGGCCGGCGGACGGCGCGGCCGUGGCGCAGGAGGUGAUGCUGCUGCUGGCGCGUGUGGCCGGCGCCGAGAGCGCGCCCGCGCCCGUGCCGCGCGCGUUCGAGUGCAAGACGUGCAGCCGCCGGUUCCCGUCGUUCCAGGCGCUGGGCGGGCACCGCGCCAGCCACAAGCGGCCGCGGGGCACGCAGACGCCGACACCGGCAUCGGCACCGGCGAGGAGGAGGAGGCACGGGUGCGCCGUGUGCGGCGUCGAGUUCGCGCUCGGGCAGGCGUUGGGCGGGCACAUGCGGCGGCACCGCGCCGGAGCCGGCGCCGAGGAAGACGAGAUGGGCGGUCGCGGGGCGGUGGACGAGCGGGAGCGGGAGCAUGGCGGGGAGAGUGAGACGAGGCCGGGGCUGCUGCUUGGGCUGGACCUCAACGCUGCUCCCUCCGAUGGGGCAGGGACGCCGCAGCUCUUGAGCCUCUGGGUCUGAAAGACUGAACCGGUGGAUGGAUCGCUGCGCUUGCUCAAGCUUCCUACAGUAUACUUCUCUCUAACCGAAGGAGUCUAGGAUUUAAUUGAUCUGGGGGUGUAUUGCUGCGAUGAUUUGGGUUUGUGGUUUGGGGCGAUACAACAAGAUCUUAUGUCAUGUAGAUGUACAUGUGUAAUGUAUGAGCAUGAAUAUGUAUGUAUGAUCCAGUGACAAAUACAUUUGAACAGUUUAGCGCGCAGAUCCAUCCAGGGACUAUUCUGCAGUGCGUUCAUGACAAUUGAUGGUGAAAUCCAUGGAACUUUUACGAGAA